GUAAGACCCAAAACGCUGCUGCAAAGACGACUGAUUCUAUUCUGGAGUUGGGACCAAAUUGAUGUGCUCAGUGAAAGAACAAUGCAGUGAGAACUUGGUGAACCUGGUGUCCAGUGUUCAGGCCUGCUGAUCUGCUGUGCACUCUGACCCCAGACAUGGAGUGACUACACCCAAAAAACGCAGCAACAAAAGAUUCCACAGCCUGAGGAACCUUCUCCAGCUUCUUAGGAGGAAGUUCUCUCACCAAAGAUGGCGAUGUCACCAUGCACCUUUGAACUCAGGAUUUUGAUUUUUGGAAAAAGUGAGAAUGAAAAGGAAAAGCUGAGUAACUUCAUCACUGGGAAAAAAGAUUUUCCAUCCAAACCUUUCAAACGAUCUGUGCACAUACAUGGAGAGUGGAGGAAAAAACCUUUCACCUUAGUGAAAACGGCAGACAUCUUCGAUCUGCCUCAGGAAAGAAAGAGACACGACAUGAAGAAGUGUGUGGUCCUUUGUCUCCCUGGGCCUAACGUUGUCCUGCUGUCAGUGAAGCCUUCUGAUUUCACUGAACAGGACAGAAACAAACUGAUGUUCAUCAUGAGCUUCUUUGGACAAGACGUUUUUAAAUGCUCACUGAUCAUCCUAACACAAGCUUACACGGGAGGGAACUCCUCAGUAGACCAGCUCAUCCGAGACUGUGGACAAAGGCAGCACAGAAUGGAUUUGGAUAAAAGAAAUUUUACUGACUAUGAUCGCCAAGACCUGAUGGAAAAAAUGGAGAACAUAGUGAGUGACAACCGGGGACAAUAUCUAAGCUUUACUGAAGAGACUGGUCCAGUGGAAGCACCUGAAUAUGCAAAACCUCCUCUGAACCUGGUGCUGUGUGGGACACACGGAGCCUGGAAGACUUCGGCAGCCAACGCCAUUCUGGGACAAAGAAAGUUUGGUCCACCUGCUACGUCGGAGUGUGUUAGACAUCAGGGAGAGGUGUGUGGGCGUCGGGUUUCCCUGGUGGAGCUUCCUGCCUUGUUUGGAAAACUUCAGGUGGCAGCAAAGAAGGAAUUAUUCAAAUGCAUCACCCUCAGUGAACCAGAGGGCGUCCACGGCUUCAUCCUGGUCCUGCCUUUGGAUCCUCCCACCGAUGAAGACCAGAAAGAGUUAGAGACCAUCCAGACCACACUCAGCUCUCGAGUCAAUGACUUCACAAUGAUUCUGUUCACAGUGGAGUCAGAUCCAAAGUCCCCAGAAACUGUGAGGUUUCUAAAGGAAAACAGAGACUUCCACCGGCUCUCUAAAAGCUGUGGUGGACGGUACGUUGUCUUCAACAUCAAGGACAAGUUGAACGUCUCUGAGGUGUUGCGUGCUGUUGAAGAGAUGAGAACUGUGGGAUCCAGAGGCUUCACAAAGGAAAUGACAAUAAAGCCUCGGGUUUGCAGACAUGCAUCUUUAUUAAAGCCGAUAGAUCUUAAGUAUCAGGGUAGAGAGUGGCUGAAGGCGGGGAAGAACAGAGAGCGUCUGAGGAUAGUACUGAUCGGGAAGACCGGCUGUGGAAAAAGUGCCACUGCAAACACCAUUUUGGGAAAAGAAUGCUUUAAUUCUAAAGUUUGUCAACGGUCAGUGACCAGGUUUUGUCAGAAAGAAGAGGGAGAGAUUGACGGGCGGCCUGUUGCUGUGGUCGACACCCCCGGCUUGUUCGACACGACUCUGUCCAAUGACGAAGUCAAAGAGGAGCUGGUGAAGUGCGUCAGCUUGUUGUCUCCUGGACCUCACGUGUUCUUACUGGUGCUGCAGAUCGGCCGCUUCACACAGGAGGAAAAAGAAACCGUGGAGCUGAUCAAGAAGUUUUUUGGCAAGAAGUCAGAAGACUUCAUCAUCAUUAUCUUCACCAGAGGAGAUGAUCUUAAAAAUCAAACAAUCGAGAGUUAUAUUCAAGAUGACAGUGAAGACUCAGUCAAAAAACUGACCAUUGAAUGUGGAGGAAGAUACCAGGUCUUCAAUAACAACGAUCAGACGGAUCGUUCUCAGGUCACACAGCUGAUUAUCAAGGUUGAGUCAAUGAUAAGACAAAAUGGCGGCAGCUACUACACGUCAGAGAUGUUCCAAGAAGCUGAGGGAGCCAUUCAGAAGGAAACGCAGAAGAUCAUGAAGGAGAAGGAGAAAGAGAUACAGAGGGAGCAGAAGGAGCUCGAAAGAAAACAUGAAGAAGAAGUUCAAGCAAAGAAAAAGCAACUGGCUCAGUUAACAGCAAAAUCUGAACAAGAAAGAACACAGAGAGCCAAAUCAGUCAAAGAAAAGGAAGAGCGCAUAAAGAAGGAGCAGGAGAGGAAGAGGAGAGAAGAACAAAUGAGAGAAGAAAGGGAACGGAACAAAAAAAUGCAGGAGGAAGUUCAAAAACAAGAGUGGGAUAAAAAACAAGAAUCUCUGGACAGAAAAAUUAAAUACGGAUCCGAAACAUUGGCAGCCACUGACAGGAUGUUACUGAUACGCAGCAGAGACGUCAUGAGAAAAGAACGAGAGGCCUGGGAGCGGGAACGAAGGGAAUGGUGGGAGAAACGAUAUCGAGAAGAGGAACAGAGACGAGAAGAGGAGCAAACAUGGCUUAAAAAGCUCAGAGACGAAUACGAGGAGGAAAUAGAAAGAUACGAAAACAAAAGAAAAGAAGACGAUCGAAUAAGAAGAGAACAAGAGCAAAGAGAAUGGAAAGAAUUACAAAAAUUCUAUGAGAGGAAACUGGAGGUAACAAGGAAAAAGAAAGAGGAGGCGAGAAGACAAGCUGAAGAGUGCAACGAGUUCAGACAGAGGUGUACCGAGAGUGUGGUAACUGAGACGGAUGGGAAGGACAUGCAGCAGAGACAAAAUGAUUUCAUGAUCAGUCAACUGACGAGACACAAAGCGUACCAGAAGGACUUUGACAAGCUAAAGAGAAAACAAGAGGAAGAAAUGACAGAGGUGAAACUGAGGAACCAUUACCUCAAAGAAAUUCUGGACAAAGAAAUCAGUGAGAAGAAGAAAAGGCACGACGAGGAAAUAAAUCUGUGGAUCCAGGAACAUGUGAAGAAAGCCACAGAAAACAGGGCGUGCUGCAUUUUAUGAGAAGUGUUUCUCACAGUGGCACAAUUUCUGCUGCAAAACUGGGAGCUUCUGGCUCCGAGACUUCAAAUAUCAAGUCGUGAAUCUGUGGUUGUCGUGUUGAAUCAGUGUAAAUAGUUGGCGUAUUCCAAGCUGCUCAGACAUUCAUUUAUUUAACCGAUGUCUAACAUAACUAAGUGGAACUGAUUCAUUUAAUAGCUGAUUAAAUCAAUAACUUUGCACAUAUUCAUUGUAAGUUCAGAGUAUCUGUGUAACAGACCUCUCAAACCUCCUGUAUUACAGCAGUUCCAUGUAUAUUAUGGUCGUGUGUUUGUGUCGGUGGGAUUUAUUCAAGAUCUGUUGGUUUGAAGUUCACUGUGUUUAACUGUGAAGGUGUACGUAAUAAACUGGUAA